CUUUUUAUUUUUAUUUUUUUCUUAAACUCGAUUAAAAUUCUUUGAGCUGUCAAAUUGAUUAUUUAAGUAAUAAAAAUUUUAAUGUCAAAAAAGUUAUCACUAUUUUUUAUUAUAUUUCGUCGUAUAAAUUUGUCUUCCAAAAUGUCUGCGGAUCUUAGCGAUAUGCGUAAACCUUAUUGUGAUAAAUCGGAAGCUCUCACCGAUGAGAAUAUUUUAUCUGAUCCAUUUGAACUUUUUCAUAUUUGGUUUGAAAAAGCCAAACAAAAUGCCGGCAAACAUACUGAAAUCAAUGCUGUAUGUUUAUCAACUUCAUAUCAGAAUAAACCGUCUUCCAGAAUGGUUCUUUUGAAAGGAUAUGAUCCUGAUCAAGGUUUUCGAAUAUUUACGAAUUAUGAAAGCCGUAAAGGAUUCGAAAUUGAACACAAUUCAAAUGUUGCCCUGUUGUUUUAUUGGGAAUAUCCACAACGCCAAAUUCGUAUCGAAGGACAAGCUCAUAAAGUUUCGGAAAGUAUAUCCGAUCAAUAUUUCAAUGCUCGGCCAAAGUUAUCUCGAAUCAGUGCCAUUGUUAGUCAACAAUCACAGAAAAUAGAUUCCCGUGAAACACUUGCAAAACGACAGGAAGAAGAGGAGAAAAAAUGGACAAAUUGUGAAAUAAUACCGAGGCCAAAUUUUUGGGGUGGAUAUCACAUUAUUCCUGAAAGAUUUGAAUUCUGGCAAGGACAAAGUGAUCGAUUACAUGAUCGUUUUAUUUUCGAAAAAUCUGAUCAAAAAUCAUGGUUUCAUUAUCGAAUUCAACCGUAAUAAUUGCCAAAUAUACCCUCUGUGAUUU